AACUGUCUGUCAAAAACCUCAUUCAAGAUUAAACACACCAAAAGAACGAUUUGUUGCUAAUUUCAUAUGAAAAACAAGUGAAUUUUUUGUUUAAAAAAAUAUUAACAAAAAUUUGUUAAAAUUAACAACAACAUCACACAACACUCUGCUACUAUUUAACGUUAUGUCCGCUGAAAAUGCCAAAACUAAUUUCAAGCCAAUUGCGAUCAAAAAGGAACCAAUGACACUUAAUGGCAAUGCGGCUGCUGCUGCUGACGCUGCGACCUUCCGGCUCUCAUCGUUUUCAAUGCCCAGAGAUUUGACUCUGGGUGGCGCUGGUCGCGGUGUUGGGAGAGGAGGAACUGGCGGCGUCAAUAAAAAAGUCUUUACUCCAAAUCUCAAUGUUACCCGCAAUAAAAAUGCAAAUGUUAAAACCUCGAAAGACACAUCGGCUCGUGGCAGGGGCCGUUCAGACCGCGGCAAGACCGAACGAGGUCGUGGCCGAGGUGCUGGACGAGGCGCCAGCAACUUAAUUCAAACGGCUGGUGUUUUCUCAGAAGGCGCUGGAGCGUUGAGUAUGAGAAAACAGAUUUCCAGCGGUUAUAGUCGUUCGGAUGAUGCUCCUUCGGCGAUGAGGAAGCCGACACUCAUCAAAAGAGAGGGUGGCUUUAAGAUUGACGUCAAAGCUGAACAAGAACACAUUCGGGAGCUUCUUGGUGAUUCGGAUGAGGAUGAUUUUGUUGACAAAAAGUCUGACCCAGAUUGGAUUCCAAUUAAAUUAAGUGAAGCCAAAUGGAAAGAUUUUAAAGUUGAUAAAGUUGAGAAAAAAGAGAUAGUAACAGCUACGGUUGAUGGUGAAGAAGUGAAGAUGGAAGUUGUUGAAGAAAAAGAAAAGCCUGAUGCCAUAUUGCAAAAACUUCAAGCUCUGCAUGUCAAUCGAACCCAAACCAACACACCAAGAUACCCAUUGACUGUGGAUGAUCUUCUCAAUAAUACUCAACCGCAAAUAUUUAUGAUGCAGUUACCAGAUACGUUACCAUGUGAAGAUCCUGAUGAUAGUCCAGAGAACCCACCACCAAGUACUAGUAAAGAACAACAACCACCUCCACCCACAGAACCUGUACAAAAGAAAAACCCUCUCAAAGAAAUGGUGGAGGGUCAAAUAGGUAAAUUAGUUCGCUACAAAUCGGGUAAACUGAAGCUAGUCCUUGGCGAGGCUCAAUUCGAUGUUACAAUGGGCAUUGAAACUGGAUUCCUACAAGAUUUAAUGUCAAUAAGCACAAAUCGAGAAGAACGAAGUGGAAAUAUGAUUAACUUGGGACCAAUACAAGCCAAAUUGACUGCCACUCCUGAUUGGGAGUAUCUUCUAAAAUAAUAGAAAAAACAAAAACAAAUUAUUCUAGAUUUAAAGCAAAAAAAACUGUGUAGCUCUUAAAAAACACCAAACACACGCCGGGAAUUAUAAAAAAAGAAAGAAACAAAAACCUCUUUUUUUGUUGUUUGUAUCGGAGGAAGAAAAAGAAGGGAAAU